GAAGAAAAUCAUUGGUCGUCGCCUGCUGACACUUCCAUAUCCCUACUAUCCAACAAAAACAAACACAAUUUAUCUUCAAUUCCUAAACCCAAUCCGCAGUUCUCCAUUACGACUUCAAUGGCAGAAACCCUAGUCCAGUUUGGCAUAAUUGGGUGUGCAGAGAUAGCGCGUAAAGUCGCACGCGCAAUAACACUGACACCAAACGUACAGCUCUCUGCAAUCGCAAGCCGUUCAGUUGAAAAAGCCGCAGCUUUUGCUAAAGCCAAUAACUUCCCGUCCAACGCCAAGAUCUACGGCUCUUAUGAAUCACUUCUCGAUGACCCAGAUAUUGACGCCGUCUAUAUUCCAUUACCCACUAGUCUUCAUGUGAAAUGGGCGUGUUUGGCUGCAGAGAAGAAGAAGCAUAUAUUGCUGGAGAAGCCAGUUGGACUCAAUGUUGAUGAGUUUGAUAAAAUAUUGGCAGCUUGUGAAGCUAAUGGAGUGCAGAUUAUGGAUGGGACUAUGUGGAUGCAUAAUCCUAGAACACAAGCGAUGAGGGAUUUUUUGUGUGAUAAAGAGCGUUUUGGUCAGCUUAGAACGGUACAUAGCUGCUUUACAUUUGCUGGUGAUGAAGAUUUUCUCAAGAAUGACAUUCGUGUGAAGCCAGAGCUUGAUGGUCUUGGUGCACUUGGUGAUGCUGGGUGGUAUUGCAUUCGUGCGAUUCUCUGGGCUGCUGACUAUGAACUGCCAAAUACCGUUAUAGCCUUGCACGGACCUAUUUUUAAUGAAGCAGGGGUGAUUUUGGCUUGCAGUGCUUCUCUACAUUGGGACGAUGGCAAGAUAGCAACCUUCCAUUGCUCAUUCUUAACACAUUUGACGAUGUAUAUAACUGCAAUUGGAACUAACGGAACUCUGCAUCUCAAUGAUUUCAUCAUUCCUUUCGAGGAGAAGGAAUGCUCUUACACAGCAUCUUCAAAAUGUUGGUUCAAUGAACUUGUAACUGGAUGGGAGCCGCCGCCGAGCCAGCACAUUGUCUUCACAGAUCUCCCUCAGGAAGCUUGCAUGGUGAGAGAAUUUGCUCGAUUGGUUGGAAAUAUCAAAGCAAAUGGAGCAGAACCUGACAAAACAUGGCCAACUCGCAGUAGAAAGACCCAACUGAUACUUGAUGCUGUAAAGACAUCAAUUGAGAGAGGUUUCGAACCUGUUAAGAUUGUGAAUUAGUUGAGACUUUUAUUGGCAGUGUGUUUUCAUAUCUUUGGUUCGGACUUAUCUCUGUUUGGUAUGAAAUAAUAAGUUUGCUGUGAUUCCUA